GCAGAUUUCAACCAGUAGCAAUCGAUCAACAUCAUGUCUUUCUUCGACUGUAGAUUUAUUUUACGAACCAUUCUUCUCAUAGCAGUAGUUGUGCUACUUUCUGUUGUGUAUUUUGUGUUCUUCUAUCACGGAACCCAACCGGACGUUUGUCACACCAAGGAAUGCUUACGAUCGGCUGCCGCCUUCGAGCAAAACAUGGACCUAACGGUAGACCCUUGUGACGAUUUUUAUUCGUACGUAUGCGGUAAAUGAGCGGACCGUCCUCGAGAGAAAGGCGGUUACAGCUGGUUCGAUGAACGGGCGGUCAAAAUCUCCCGAAACAUCAUGGCUCAUUUGGAAACAAAAACCAGUCGGUCGGACCCAAAACCGGUGAAGCAAUCAAAGGCUAUGUAUAAAUCCUGUUUGAGUUUUGAUGCUCGAGAGCGGGAAGGUUUCCGAGCCGUGAACAAAUACAUGCGAGAGCUUGGACUUCCAGCGGUUCCUACACUGCUUAAUCGGUCCAGAAACUCAUCCGAAACCUAUCAGUUCGACUGGAUAAGCUCGGUUGCUAAAAUUCGUCGAAAGCUGGGACAGAACGUGAUCAUCGGAUUCGACAUUGUUCCCGAUUAUCUGGACAGUAACCGGAACAGACUGACGUUUGGAGACCCUAGUUCUCCGGCAAGCAUUGAGUUUCCACACUAUGAAUGGACGAUGCUCAAAAUGAGUGAGGAGGGUGAAAACGAUGGUGACGACACCAAAAAAUUGGUAAUCGAGUGGCUGGAAGGGCUUAUUCAGAAGGUUCAUCCGGGUUUCGAUACAGCUCCUUUCAAAGAAGAAUUCGCAAACUUUGCUGAACAGUUCAUAAACUUCAUUGCCAUCUCCAAGUAUGAAAACAUAGCUGACGAGGAUCCUGACUAUUACACUAUCAACGACUUGCAAGAACUGACAGAUUCACACAUCUCUCCGAGGCAACCCUACCCGAUUUGGAAACGAUACCUUCACGUACUGUUCGCUGAUAUUCCAGACGCUACACCAAGUCCAGAGGAAAAACUCCAAAUCGAUAAUGAGACAGUCCAAUAUUUACAAAAACUAGUAGAUUUUGUAUCCCAGCAAUCCCAGGCUACUCUCGAACUGUACUUGUGGACCACUGUAGCAGACUUCAUUGUAGAACACAAACUAAACAAAGUUCAAUCCGAGCAAGGAUGCGUCGAAACCGUACACCAAUUUAUGGGUUUAGCCAUAAGCUAUAGUAUUGCGGAUCGUGACUUCUCAACCGAGACAAAACCUCGCGUGGAGAAGAUACUGAGAAAUAUUGCUACUGAAUUCGAUCACAAUGUAAACGACACAGAUUGGAUGGAUAACAGUACGAAGUUUGCAGCGUUGAAAAAGCCCAAAGCAAUGAAAAAAUUGGUUUGAUUCCCGGAACUGAUCAUGGACACAAACAAGUUGGAGAGUUACUACGAAGGACUACAAAUCGACAAGCGUCGUUACCUGGAGAACUGGAUGAGCGCCAUCCGCUUUCUACAGACUAAUGAACUUCGCUCUUGGCAGGUCAAAAACAAUCGACUCUGGGAUAUGGAUCCGACGGAAAUGAAUGCAUUUUAUCUACCUGGCCAAAAUGCUAUUAGUAUUCCUGAAGCAAUUAUUCAAUACCCGUUUUACUAUUUGGGACUAGAAGCACUGAACUACGAAGUGCUCGGUGCGGUGCUUGGCCAUGAGCUAACCCAUGGGUUUGAUAAUUCUGGACGCCAAAAUAACGAGAACGGAAGAAUUGAAGGUUGGUGGUCUAAACAAACAUCACAUGAAUACGACAAGCGAGUCAAAUGCUUCGUAGACCAAUACAGUAGCUACUAUGUCAAUGAAGCAAAGCAAUUUGUCAAUGGCAGUUUGACUUUGAAUGAAAAUCUUGCCGAUAACGGAGGACUCCGAGAGGCGUUUCGGGCCUAUAAAGCAUUCCAGAAAGUACAUGGCCCCGAACCGAAACUUCCAGGGUUUGAAGGUUUUACCCACGAGCAGCUGCUUUUUAUUUCAUUCGGAAAUCAACACUGCGAGGUAAUUUCAUCAUGGGCUGCCAAACAAUUGAUGGAGGUUGUACAUAGCCCGUCCUUGUUUCGAGUGCAGGGAGUCUUGAGUAAUAUGCAGGAAUUCAGCGACGCUUUCAACUGCUCGGCUGGCAGCGUUAUGAAUCCGGCGAAAAAAUGUCGUAUCUGGUAG